CCACGUGUACUGUAUCAUGUUGCAAUGUACAUGAUAUUGAUGAUAGAGCAAGGAACAGCGGGAUGACACACAUAAUAUCGUGCGUUGUGUGAAUGGAAUAAUCUGGUCGUGUGUUGAUGGUGGAUGCUCAAAUAUUCUUCUCAAACUAAAAAGAUGGAUUCUUUUAGUGUCUGUGGUUCAGACGACUGGGGUGAGGCACCCGAUACCAAAGAUCUUCAUAGUCGGCUAUUUACUCAGUCUACUGGUUCUAAAGAUCAACCAAGAGGAAAGAAAUCAAAAGUAAACAAACAGAAUGGCGCUAAAACUCUGAAUCCCCAGACUGAAAGCAUCAAAGUUGCAUACAAAACUCCAGAAACACCACAGCCAAAGUCUUCACAAGAAAAAACUGACGAUGCACAAGCUCAUGGCUCUGACAAAAGAGGGACCAAGAAGAAAAGGAAAAUGGACACCAAUGAAAGCAGGAUGUCAGUGGAGAUGCAAGCAUCUGCAAGUCAUGAAGAGAAGACUAAGGUGGAAGUUGGGAUAAAGAAAAGACUUCAAUCUGAGGCAUCUACUCCAAGUGAGCCUAUCAGUGUUUUAGAGAAAAAGAAGCGGAAACGAAAACCAAGGAAUAACAAAUUUAAGAGUCAUCAAGAGGUUCAAACUUUAAAACCUGAUCAUGGAUUGACACCAUCAACCAAAGAACAAACAGAAACUAUGAACGAAUCGAAUUCAAAUGUGGAAUCAAAUACGAGUACAAAAAGUCAGAGAAAAAAAUUGAAAAGAAGAGGGAAAGACAGUUCUGUGUCGCAGACAAAGAACCAAAGAACUAAGUCAAAUAUACAAAAAAGUACCUUGGAGAAAGUAACCAACAUCCAACAACAACGGACUAAGACCAGUACUACUGGCAAGUUGAACAACAAAAAGAACAAAUCACAAUCGGACAAAGUAAACAAAAAAGAUUUAAAGACAGCAACAGAAGUAAACAUUCAACAAGCCCGAGCACAUUUUGAGAGUUUGAGUAAAGAAAAAGACAAAGGAGACACGAAAGAGUCUUUGAAUGUGGAUAACGAUGAAGACGCCUUCAAUGGCUCCAACGAACCUCCACCAGACCACACUGCAAAGCAGACUCUCAAGUCCAAAAUGGAAGCACGACUUAAUUCUGCGCAUUUUCGCUAUCUGAAUGAGCAGCUCUACAAGACCACUGGGUCUGAAGCCUACCAGAUGAUGUCACAUGACAGGGAGGCGUUUGAGAUUUAUCACAGCGGAUUCUCUCAGCAGGUCAAACAGUGGCCGGUUAAUCCUGUAGAUAUCUUCAUUGAACAUCUCAACACAAGGCCAGCGAUUCUUACUGUUGGUGACUUUGGUUGUGGAGAGGCACGCAUUGCACAGAGUGUGAAACAAACGGUACACUCCUUUGAUUUCUGUUCUCUCAAUCGGCAUGUGACAGUGUGUGAUAUGGAAAAGGUACCCUUGCAGAGCAAUAGUCUUGACAUAGCCAUAUUCUGCCUGUCCCUGAUGGGUACCAACUGGAUGAAUUACAUCAAGGAAGCUAAUAGGGUUCUCAAAAUGAAGGGUCAGCUGAAGAUAGCUGAGGUUGCCAGUAGGUUCACAUCAUUUACAGAGUUCCUUAAGAUCAUGAAACAACUUGGAUUUCAAAAAGAGUCAACGGAUUUUUCCAACAAGAUUUUCAUUAUGAUGGAAUUCUCUAAGCAAAGCUCUGCGAAGAAGGUGCUACCGGAGAAAGGAGAGAUGUUGAGACCUUGCCUCUACAAGAAACGAUGAAGACGGCUCUGCUUGUAUAACAAAUAGAGGCAAGUUAUUAAGAGAUGUGAACAACAGUAGUAAGAAGUCUAUUCUACAUGUAUAAUACUUAUGUAAAGAAGGCAUUGUAUCACACCAAAGAGAAUUUUUUCAAAUUAAAAUUUUUACCCUGUGUAUGAUAAUGUUAGCAAUUUUUUUUAGAAAGUUACGAAUUAA